CCUUGCCACAGUCCUUCCUUUGCUUCCAUUCCUCUCUCAAGUUUGCUUCUUCCUCCUGUGGAUCCCAAUCUUCUCUUUGCCUCUCCACCAUCGCCAUGGUUUUCAUACCUGAAUGACUCCAUACAUGCAUCGCGUCCAGUAUCUCUUCUAUUUGCAAGAUAUGCCUCUAUUUAUGGAACACCACCACCACCACCAUUUCCACCUUCACGACUUCUGGAGUCACUACCGCUGAUUUCACCGACUCCACUGUCGCCAGAGCCUACAAGUUCAGAACCGUCAUUGUCGCCUCCGUUGCUACAACCUUCUACAGAUUUUAGCUCUAUUGGCGAAUCCUCUGGGCCGACUCUCACCAGGAUUGUUAGCAGCUGGAAUCAUGGUGGUUAUUGGUGUAGUUUGGGUUAUAUUAUUAUUAUUAUUAUUAUUUGCUUGGGGUACGAAGGUUAGAGUUAUCACAGCUGGAGUCAUGGCGGUUAUUAGUGUAGUUUGCGUUAUAGUAUUAUUAUUUGAUUGCUAUAAGAAGAAAAAGGGAGAAAACGCAGCUGGAACUGGAAGUUCGAACAUCCGAACCUCAGCCCCUGAGGCUCCAAAUAGAGAUAAUCGUCAGAAUUCUCAGCCCCAACAAUGGAAACUCAAAGCAUCACUGCAAGGUUGUGAGGUACCAAUGCUAUCAAAGUCUUCACCUCCAUCAGCAGCUGAAUCACCACAGCAGCUGCUUUCAGCAUCAUACAAUUCAGAACCUCCACCUCCGAGCUCAAGCAGCACCGGAGGUUGGGGGCCCGUGCAUUCAGUGUUAGAUAAUCAACUUAAGCAAUCCUUCUCAACAAAGGCAUUCGAAAUUGAAGAAUUAGCAGAAGCAACCAAUGGAUUCUCAGAAGACAUAGGAGCAGGUGGUUUCGGAUAUGUCUACAAAGGAAUCCUUUCUGAUGGGAAUGAAGUAGCGGUUAAGUGUCUUAAAGAAAAAAGUAGACAGGGCGACCGUGAAUUUCUUGCUGAGAUUGAAAUUAUUAGCCGUGUACAUCACAAGCAUCUGGUUUCAUUGCUUGGGUAUUGUGUUAAUGGUAAUCAAAGAAUGCUUGUUUAUGAAUUUGUUCCAAACAAGACCUUGGACUUCCACUUACAUGGGAAAGAUCAACCAACUUUGGAUUGGGCUUCGAGACUAAAAAUCGCCAUUGGAACUGCAAAAGGACUUGCAUAUCUGCAUGAGGACUGUCAUCCUAAGAUUGUCCAUCGUGAUAUUAAGGCUACAAAUAUUCUCCUUGACUCUAAAUUUGAGGCAAAGGUUGCAGAUUUUGGGUUGGCAAAAUUCUUUCCUGAUACUGAUACCCAUGUUUCAACCCGAAUAAUAGGAACUUUUGGGUAUCUUGCUCCAGAAUAUGCAUCCACCGGGAAACUAACAGUAAAAUCAGAUGUUUAUUCAUUUGGGGUCACAUUGUUAGAGUUGAUUACCGGAUGCUCCCCAUUUCAUGAAUCUCGAUUCGACCUAAAUGUUAGCUUUGUAGACUCGGUGAGGCCUUUGCUCACACAAGCUAUAGAGAAUGGCAACUAUGAUGCAAUUGUUGAUCCACGGUUACAGAAGGACUACAACCCCACUGAGAUGGAACGCAUGGUUGCUUGUGCAAAUGCUUGUGUGCGUGUUUCUGCAUUACACCGACCCUGCAUGAGCAUGAUUGUUCAUGUCUUGGAGGGACUCAGAGCUAUGCAGAACUGAAAGAAGUUCAUAAAAUUUGAAGCAACAAAUAAUAAAAUAUACAACAAAACCUUUACACUUCCACUCUCUGAACGAGAUUUAAAACUGUAGAUCUCUUUGUUUAUCCAUAUCGAUGACAUUGACUAUAUUUUAUUAUAUUUAUUAUUUAUAAUUUGUAUUUCAUAAUAUAUGAUUCCUAUUUGUAUUGGUGAAUUAUUUGUUGAUAAAACCCUAACUAAGAAAAAUGGAUUUUAGUGAUGGACGUACAGUGAUAUCCAUCACUAUAAAUAACUCUAUAAUGAUGAAUUUAAAAUUUCGUCACUAUAAAUACAUUCCAUCAUUAAAAAGAGGUUAUAGCAAUGGAUGGUUAAGUUUUUUGUCAGUAGUCUAUAUCUUUUUAAUUUGUUAUGGAUGAACUAACCAAAACAGAAGAAGGUCCCUUCAUACAUAUUCCUAACGAUAUGGGUACAAUCCUAAACAUUCGCAGAGUUUCUUUCCUCCUAGAUGCCCCCAAAAAUGUCAAUUUGCUUCUUAAUAAUCCGAUCAAUGAUUCUCCAAAGAAAAACUGUUUUCUGAGUAUCAUACCUUUUGUGUAUGUUGGAAGGCAUGGCAAGAAAGGGAUUAAAGAUCCUUUCAAAGCAAAGAAAGAUCAAUCAAUAGUUUCUAUUCUAAAGUGGGGUCCUUCAUCUUGUACAGGAUCUUAGUGCUAUGAAUUCUGAUGACAUGGCUAUAAGUUUAUUAUUUAGCAAGGGUUUGUGGUCUUCACUUGGUCUUGUGGACUAUAUUGUGUAGAUUCUUGUUUGACUAAUAGGUGCUUAUAUUUUUUUUUCUAGGAUUGUUAUUUUGGGCUUCACCCCAACACUUGUAUUUUGCUCUUUUUUCUUCUUUUCAAUUCUUCUUCUCUUUUUUACUAUGGGAUUUUUUAUUUGUUAAUCAAACAGAAAGAAAAAAAGAAAAAAUGAUGAUUGAGUUUUCUAUUGGGAUGUGACUCACAUAUAAGAAAUCAACUAUUGUGGUAAUACUCAAUUGAAUUGUUAUGAAUUUUAAUUUCUUUGACAUAGAAUUUUGACUUGUUUGAUGUCAAGCGAAGUUGCUGGUUUUUGGUAACAAGCAGCCACCAAGUAGCACUCAUGCAAAGUGAUUAGAGAUCAUGAUGAGAGCAUUUUAAUUUGCUAAUCAGGGCUAGUUGGUUUUGGUAGCUCUUUAAGAGAUGAACUGUUAGCAGUUCUGUAUAAGUUAAAGUUAGCACACAACAAUGGAUGUAAUGGAUUUAUGGUAGAAGGUGAUUGUCAUGUGGUUGUUAGUCAGACGAUUAAACAAGGGAAUUUUGAGCUAAAAUUUGACAUGUGAGCAUGAAUUAAGAUGUGGAGUUGGGUAGAAGGUUCAAAUCUAAAGAAGUGUUUAUUGGUCUUGAUUGUCAAGUUCUACUCAUCAAAGGCUUUCGAAAUGGAAUCUUGGCAUUUUUAUAAUAGAUCAUGGUAGAUUUGAGGUGGAACUUAAGGGUUGAUCAUAUCUUAGUAUCAUUGAGGCAAUGGGUGUGUCAGAUUUGAUUUAUG